UCAUCCUCUCGAGCGUAGAUCUCUUUAUUUGUUAUUUAAAUUAUAGGAUAACUGUAUAUACAUUAAAAUACAAUACUCAAUGAUAAAAGGUGAAUAUAAAUAAACAGUUCUUAUCACUGCCUUCCAACCUACAGUGAAUUUUGUAAGUGCUACGUGUAAACAAAUUUUGCAACGUAUUAUCGACCCAUACUUUAUAAGUAGGGCAUAAUGUUUGUGUCUGUUUUUGUUCAUUUAGCGUUAUCAUUAGGUCAUAAUGCAAUUGAAAUACCGGAAACGCCCUUUAUUCCUUUCUAUGUUACGUGUUGUAUUGAGCGGUGGCCAUUUCAAAUAUAAAAACUGUUCUGUAUAAUUUAGUCGGCAUUUUACCCACUAAUUAGCAAGUGUUAAUUAAUUUAAUGCUACUAAUUAAAUUGCCCGGCUGCAAUUACUAAACAGCAGUAAAAUGGCGAGUGAGAGCAGUUCUGCAGUAUUAGACCUGAAUGACGACCCGACUGAAGACACGGACGCACCGAGCGUCACUGAAGGCACACAGGAUGGGUCCCCGCUCAUCAUGGAGCAUGGAUAUGAUAUAGCUGUUAAGGUGGACGCUCCAAUGAAGCAGCUCUCAACGUUAGAGACGUUCGUGACAUACCGCGUGCGCUGCGUGUGCGCACGUUGGCCCACGCCUCCUCACGUGCGUCGGCGGUACAACCACUUCAAGGUGCUCCACCGUCGCCUGACUAACGCCCACGCGUGGCUCGCGCCGCCGCCACUACCGCCGCUGCAUUCAGCGCGGCAGCAACUAGACCGCUAUGAACCGUCCUUCGUGUUGCUGCGCGCUAUGGCGCUUGACGCUUUCCUUAAUCGUGUCGCAAAGCAUCCUAUUCUAACCCAUAGUGACGAUUUCCGUCUCUUUCUCACCACACCGGACGAAGAAUUGGAUAAGGUAUUCAAAAGUGAAAGCAGCGCCCUUAACUUGUGGGGCUUAAGCUCGUUGUACAGCGGCGGUGAGGCUAAACCAGCUAAUGGGGCCAGGGUGAAGGAUCCGGAAUUCAGCUCGGCCGGGGACUACCUGCAGUCGCUACAGCAGAAACUGACGUCACUCUGCGCUCUCACCACCAAGCUGUAUAAGGGCUCCACUUCGCUUGGCACAGAGCUCAUCGGACUAAAGCGUCCUUGCGACGCGUGGUCCGUGCGCGAGCGGGGGCGCGUGGCCGCCGCCGCGGCCGCGGUGGGCGCGGGCGGGGGGGCGGCGGGGGCGGCGCGCGCGCGCGGGGGGCUGCGCCACCGCGCCGCGCUGCCGCUGCUGGCGGCCUACGCGGCCGCGCACGCCGAGAAGAUACGGCAGAGGGACGCUUUGCACGCAACAUUUGUGGCUGGCAACAACUCGGAUGAACUUCAUAACAGACUGGAACAAGCUUCCGAAGCAAUCCGCUCCGAGCUCUCCGACUGGAUUCCAAAAACCCAAUCCGAGAUCAAAGCCCUACUCCUCGAACUAGCUGACCGACAGGUAACCAUCCACUCCCAAACCCUCCAGGGCUGGGAGAACGCCCUCAAACUCUCCACGGAGACCGACCUCGAGCAACUCUUCAAAACGGUCUCCAAGACCGCUGUACAGAACCUCAGCCCGUCCAAAUGCAGAUCGGUCACUCCGACAGAGACGGAGAAAGAUUUUGAUGAUAUCGACAUAGAGAAUAUGUCGAAUGACUCUGAUGAUAAGGAACAGAUAGGCGCUGUGUCAACGGAGCAAAGCUCAAAAUCCGAUGACAGGAGUGAUCCGCUGCAGGAGUUUUCAGAAGUGAAUUUGUCUUCGUGAUAUGAUUCCUUGUUUUUGAACGUUGUGAAAGACAUGCAUUGAUUAGGGUUAAUUAAAGCAGGUAAAUUACUGGUAUCAAUUCAGACUAGAGGAAUAUUGUCAAAGUAAAUUAUGUAGUCAGUACAUUACUGCUAUCUUUCUACACAAAUGAUUAACACUUUUAGAACGCCAUUUGACUUUGAUCCUUAUUUUUCACUGAUAUGUGUUAAAUUUGUUAAAUAUCAAAAAGUAUCGCCAUCUACUCGAGAGAAUAUUCCUCUAUGUCAAAUUCUCUUUGAUAUCAAUAAAGUUUAGUUUAGAAAUAUAUUAAAAGUGG